AGAGCGCGCCGCAACGAGCGAGGCAGCAUUUUAAACUUGUCCCGGAGCCUGUUGUCAAAAGACGGGACGAGGAGACGCCGCGGCCACCGAGGGACGAAGCCUGCGAUCAAACCCACCGCCAAACUCAGGUUUUUAAACCAAGAUUCGUCACAUGUUCGAUGCCGAAGCUGCUGUUUGAGUAACGACCGCGUUUGAAGGUGGUUUUGAUUUGAAUUUAGCGGCUCACGGGAGCUAACGAGCUUCCAGGACUCAAACCAACAACGAUUCGAGCGGAUAUCGACUUUUAAACCGCUGUCGAGUUUUAUUUUCUUGCUUUUUAAAGACGCCGAAGGGAAGUUUAGUCCAAAAAAAAUGAGCGCGGGUGUAGCAAAGCCGGCGAAUCCGUCGGUGCACGUCGAUCCGAAAUCGGCCCCUCUCAAAGAAAUCCCCGAUGUCCUGGUGGACCCUCGCACCAUGAGGAGGUACACGCGGGGGCGCUUCCUCGGUAAAGGUGGGUUCGCCAAAUGCUACGAGAUCACGGACGUGGAGACCCAGCAGGUCUUCGCCGGGAAGAUCGUGCCCAAGUCCCUGAUCCUGAAGCAGCACCAGCGGGAGAAGAUGACGUCGGAGAUCGCCAUUCACAAGAGCCUGAACCACUCGAACAUCGUGGGCUUCCAGGGCUUCUUCGAGAACGAGGACUUCGUGUUUGUGGUGCUGGAGAUCUGCAGGAGAAGGUCCUUGUUGGAGCUGCACAAGCGCCGUAAGGCCGUGACCGAGCCGGAAGUUCGCUACUACAUGACGCAGAUGCUCAAAGGCGUCCACUACCUGCACAACAACAGAGUGAUCCACAGAGACCUGAAGCUGGGCAACAUCUUCCUCAACGAUGACAUGGAGGUCAAGAUAGGGGACUUCGGCCUGGCCACUAAGAUCGAGUUUGAUGGCGAGAGGAAGAAGACCUUGUGCGGAACGCCCAACUACAUCGCACCAGAAGUGCUCUGUAAGAAAGGCCACAGCUACGAAGUGGACAUCUGGUCGCUGGGAUGUAUAUUGUACACGUUGUUGGUGGGUAAACCCCCAUUCGAGACAUCCUGUCUGAAGGAGACCUACAACCGCAUCAAGAAAAACAACUACACCAUCCCCUGGCACAUCAACCCGGCCGCAUCUGCACUCAUCAAGCGGAUGCUGCACGCCGAUCCCACCCAGAGGCCAACCGUCGCUGAGGUGCAAGCGGACGAGUUCUUCACGUCCGGCUACGUUCCCUCACGUCUGCCCACGACUUGCCUCACCGUUCCCCCACGGUUUUCCAUCGCACCCUCCACAGCGAUGGAGCUCAGCCAGAGACGCCCCCUGACGGCCAUUAACAACAAAGCCGGGUCGGAGAAGAUGGAAGCUAAAGACGAGCCCCUGCAACGGGAGCCUGAGCCGACAGCAGAGUGCCACCUGAAAGACCUGCUGCAGCAGCUCAACAGCAUCAUCGCCGCCAAACCCUCUGAAAAGGCGAUCAUACGCCAAGAAGAGGCAGAGGAUCCGGCCUGUAUCCCGAUCUUCUGGAUCAGCAAAUGGGUCGACUACUCUGACAAAUAUGGAUUAG